GGCGGGCGCGGGCCCCGCCGUGAGAGCCGCACCACCGCCCGGGCACUGUCGGAGGCAGUGAGCUGCGUCCCCCCACCUCGGGCACCCUGGACGCGGGAGCCGGGUCCCCCUGGCUAGGCCUGGUCACGGACUGAGCACGCAGGAGGUCGCAGGGUUUUGUAUCCAUCCUAACAGCCUGACGACCGAAGAGAAAAAAAGGAACGAGGACCAUAAGAGCUUAGCGUGGACACUAUGCGGGGAAGACAGUGGGGACUUCACCUGGCUCAGGGCAGAUGUGCCCGGAGCCUACUAGGCCAGACCUAAGCACCAGAGACCAGGUAUCUCCGCAGCCACGACCUGGGCUCUGACCAAUCUGGGCCGGGAAGACCGUCAGUGCCUGGCUUAAUUAAACCUGGCGCAAGGAGCUGUGCCCUCACCUGAGACAGAGCACAGGGUUCCAGGAACCCAAAUCUGGACUGGCUGAAAGCAGUGCCCGCUGGUGACCCAGAGCUGAUCACUGGGGAGCCCACACCCUGCCUCAGUCCCUCUGGUGCGGAUGUGUCGCUGCCCCUUGGAGCACCAUGACGGCAGGAUGACCUCAGCCAAAGCAGCGGCAGUGGCUGGUGAUGCUCAGGUGGCUGGGCCCCCUGAGUGGCCCCCUGGCAGCCCCCAGACCCUGGGGCAACCUGGACGGCUCCGGGUGGCAGUGGCAUCUGGUGUGGCUGCUGGAGCGCUGGUGUGGCUGCUGGCAGGAGCCAGCAUGUCAAGCCUCAACAAGUGGAUCUUCACAGUGCACGGCUUCGGCAGGCCCCUGCUGCUCUCGGCCUUGCACAUGCUGGCAGCGGCACUGGCAUGUCAUUGGAGGGCACGGCGCCCCAUGCCAGGGAGCGCCCACCGGCGAGUGCUGCUGCUCAGCCUCACCUUUGGCACCUCAAUGGCCUGCGGCAACGUGGGCCUGAGCGCUGUGCCCUUGGACCUGGCGCAGCUGGCCACCACCACCACCCCGCUCUUCACGCUGGCCCUGUCGGCGCUGCUGCUCGGCCGGCGCCACCACCCUCUGCAGUUCGCUUCCAUGGGCCCGCUGUGUCUGGGGGCUGCCUGCUGCCUGGCAGGAGACCUCCGGGCACCCCCCGCUGGCUGUGCCACCUGCCUCCGAGGCCUCAAGUCCGUUCAACAGAGUGCCCUGCUGCAGGAGGAGAGGCUGGACGCGGUGACCCUGCUAUAUGCCACCUCGCUGCCCAGCUUUUGCCUGCUGGCGGGUGCAGCCCUGGUGCUUGAGGCUGGAGCGGCCCCACUGCCCGCUCCCACCGACUCGCGCCUCUGGGCCUGCAUCCUGCUCAGCUGCCUCCUGUCUGUGCUCUACAACCUGGCCAGCUUCUCCCUGCUGGCUCUCACUUCCGCCCUCACCGUCCACGUCCUGGGCAACCUCACUGUCGUGGGCAACCUCAUCCUGUCCCGGCUCCUGUUUGGUAGCUGCCUCAGUGCCCUCAGCUACAUGGGCAUUGCACUCACCCUUUCUGGAAUGUUCCUUUACCACAACUGCGAGUUUGUGGCCUCCUGGGCUGCCCACCGGGGAGUGUGGCGGAGGAACCAACCUGGCAAGGGUCUUUGAGAUCUGGGAGAGCUCACAGGAUGGCCUCAGCCUGAAUCCGUCUUCAGACAGUGGCUUUGGGGAGCAGGUGGCCAGCACUGUUGGGGCAAUUGAAGGAGGAGGCACCUUCUGGAAGGGCUCCCCGAAAGACUUACCUCCAUCCCUGCCUGUAUCACUCCAUCAGACUCCGCUCACCGCUGGACGGUGGGCCCAAGACUAGCGCAGUCGCUGUGCCUGUCGGAGUAAUCAUCGUGAUUAGUGUCUAUGAUGGCCACAGUGAAAAUCGCUGGGCAAACUUGGAAAACCUCAAAGUGAUACAGUGUCGACAAAGACAAUUCGUGGCAGUUACACAAUCCUUCCUCCAGUCGGGAUGCAGCUGGGGGCCCAGAGAAGGGCUUCUUUGCUGCUGGACUCCCCGGAGAGUUGGGGUAAUCUGUGCCAACUCCAGGCAGCUGCUGUGGCCUCACCCUUGGGCCUCUUAAUUUUGGGUCUUCCGUCCUCAAAUAAAAUAUUUUUCCUUGUA